AUGUCCUCCGUACCGCUUCUUCGACCCCCGGUCCCGGGCAAUCGCAGCAACACCGGUAGCCCUCGAGCUCCGAAGCUCACCCUGGGAAUACCUCCCUCUCCCAACGCCAAGCCCGUCAAUGGCAAUGGUGCGACUGCCGAUGCCUCGCAGUCGCAGUUACAGUCGCAGCUUCCGACACAACCACAACCACAACCACAACCACAACCCCUACCUCUCCAGUCCACCCGUCCCGCCCCGCCUCGCCUGCAGCUGGCGACUCCCAUGGGCAGCAGUCAAAAUGUCCCGCAGGAGACAACGGUCAAACCCGCUGGUCGCCCGUCGUUAGGAUUGGCCACGAACGGACUCGGGGUGAAUGGGCAGACCGGCUCCCAUGGUAAAGGCAGUGAUCCGGCCUCCGCGAACUCCCAAUACUCGGCUCUUAACUUCGCCAUAUCCCUCCGCCAGUCUGGAAGUGGCAAUUCAGACCCCUCAUCAGCCAUCGGCUCCGUGUACUCGGACCGCGACGGUGGUUCGCAAUUGGAGGGGGAGAACGGCGUAAACGGAUUACUCCCCGAUCUCGAUAAACUAAGCCUGGAGAAGGGCCGACCCCUCGAUGUGGAAGAUUUGGACGACGAGGGUUGGCACGCGGCUAGCGAGCAAAAGAAGAUUGAAGAGUUGGGGAGUCUGGGUGAGGGUGCUGGCGGUGCUGUCACCCGAUGCAAACUCAAGGAUGGCAAGACUGUGUUUGCGUUGAAGAUUAUCACUACAGACCCCAAUCCCGACGUCAAGAAGCAGAUUGUUCGUGAGCUCAACUUUAACAAAGACUGUGCAUCAGACCACAUCUGUCGCUACUACGGCGCCUUCAUGGACAAGUCAACGGGCACCAUUUCUAUCGCCAUGGAAUUCUGCGAAGGUGGAAGUCUCGACAGUAUCUACAGGGAAGUCAAGAAGCUUGGUGGUCGGACUGGAGAAAAGGUCCUCGGAAAGGUUGCUGAAGGUGUGCUGAACGGCCUUACCUACUUGCACAGCCGCAAGAUCAUACACCGAGAUAUUAAACCUUCCAACAUCCUCCUUUGCCGUGAUGGCCAAGUCAAGCUCUGCGAUUUCGGCGUUAGUGGCGAGUUCGGCACCAAGGGCGAUGCGAAUACCUUCAUCGGAACAUCCUACUACAUGGCCCCGGAACGGAUUACGGGUCAAUCGUAUACCAUCACCUCCGACGUUUGGUCCCUAGGCGUGACAUUGCUGGAAGUCGCUCAGCACCGAUUCCCCUUCCCCGCCGACGGAACCGAGAUGCAACCCCGCGCGGGGUUAAUAGACCUCCUCACCUAUAUCGUUCGCCAGCCCAUUCCCAAAUUGAAGGAUGAGCCGGAGAGCGGCAUUCGCUGGUCAGAUAACUUCAAGUACUUCAUUGAGUGCUGUCUUGAAAAGGAACCUCCUCGAAGAGCGACUCCUUGGCGGAUGCAGGAACAUCCCUGGAUGCAGGACAUGAAGAAUAAGAAGGUCAACAUGGCGAACUUUGUGAAGCAGGUGUGGGGAUGGGAAGAGUAA